CUUCCGUCGAAAGUGUGCUUGUUCUUUUCUACCAGGCAGAUCCAACAUGGGGCGAGUCAGGACAAAGACGGUGAAGAAGGCUGCUCGGGUCAUAAUUGAGAAAUAUUAUACCCGACUGGGGAGCGACUUCCACACCAACAAGAGGGUCUGUGAAGAAAUUGCCAUCAUCCCCAGCAAGAAGCUCCGCAACAAGAUUGCUGGAUAUGUUACCCACCUGAUGAAGCGGAUUCAGAGGGGACCCGUCAGAGGAAUCUCCAUCAAGCUGCAAGAGGAGGAGAGAGAGAGGAGGGAUAACUAUGUGCCAGAGGUUUCUGCUCUGGACCAGGAACUGAUUGAAGUUGAUCCAGACACAAAGGAGAUGCUGAAGCUGCUGGACUUUGGCAGUCUGUCCAACCUGCAGGUUACACAGCCCCCCAUCGGCGUGAGCUUCAGACAGCCCAGAGGAGUCUAAACAUCUGUAAAAUAUCUCUGAAAUAAAAUUCUCUGGUCCAUGGAGAAAAUU